AUGGUGCUCUUCCUCGGCGCCAUCGCCAAGUUCCUCGCCGGCUACGUCGUCCUCACAGCAGCCUCCUACAUGCUGUCCCUCGCCGUCCCCAAGGCGGCCUUUGUGGCCCGCUCUCUCGCCUCGUACAUGACGCUCGUCGCCUGCGCCCUCUACGGCGUGUUCGCCUCCCUCGUCCUCACCCUGCUCGGCAAGCAGCAGAUCGCCCAGUGGGCCGUCGCCCGCGCGUUCCACUACUCCAUGCGCCUCACCACGGGCGUCGAGUUCGACGUCGACGACCCCAACGACUACCUCGGCUCGACCCGCCCGGCCGUCUUCAUCGGCAACCACCAGACGGAGCUCGACGUCCUCAUGCUCGGCGCCAUCUUCCCCAAGUACUGCAGCGUCACCGCAAAGGCCCAGCUCAAGCGCAUGCCCUUCCUCGGCUGGUUCAUGACCCUCAGCGGCACCAUCUUCAUCGAUCGCAAGAACAGCAAGGACGCCCGCUCCGCCAUGGACGGCGCCGCCGCGGAGAUCAAGACGAAGCGCCAGAGCGUCUACAUCUUCCCCGAGGGCACCCGCAGCUACGCCAAGGAGCCCACGCUGCUGCCCUUUAAAAAGGGCGCCUUUCAUCUCGCCGUCCAGUCGGGCGUCCCCAUUGUGCCCGUCGUCGUGGCCAACUACAGCCAUAUCCUGUACAUUCGGGGCAUGGUCUUUAACGCGGGCAAGAUUCCCGUCAAGGUUCUGCCCCCCAUCGAAACCAAAAACCUCACCUCCGCCGACGUCGACGAACUCACCCAGUCCACCCGCGAGCUCAUGCUCAAGGAACUCAUCAGCCUCACGGAAAAGGCCCGCGGGCAACCCAUUGCCGUUCCUGCGUCUCUGAACGGCGCCGCGACGGGGAGGAGCACUGCCGUUGAUGCUAGUAAAUAG